GGCGCGGCCGCCCCGUCGGCGCCGCGGCGCGCCCGCGGAGGGGCGGCGCUGGGGGCGGCGGCUCGGCGGCGGCAACUUUUGGGAGCCGGCGGCGGCAGCGCGGAGGCUGCGCGGGGGAUGGCGGCGGCCAGGCAGCGGCGGCGCUGAGGCAGCGGCGGCGGCGGCGCGAUGCCGGCGGCGGCCGGGGGGCUGCUGUGGUGGAGCUGCUGCGUGCUGGCGGCGGCGGCCGGGGCCCCGCGGGCCGCCGCGGCGGCGCAGGCAGUGUGUGCCGGCACCGAGAACAAGCUGAGCUCCCUGUCUGACCUGGAGCAGCAGUACCGGGCCCUGCGCAAGUACUAUGAGAACUGCGAGGUGGUGAUGGGCAACCUGGAGAUCACCAGCAUCGAGCACAACAGGGACCUCUCCUUCCUCAGGUCCAUCCGGGAAGUCACCGGCUACGUGUUGGUGGCUCUGAACCAGUUUGAGUACCUGCCCCUGGAGAACCUGCGCAUCGUGCGCGGCACCAAGCUCUACGAGGAGCGCUACGCGCUGGCCAUUUUCCUCAACUACAGGAAGGACGGCAACUUCGGCCUCAGGGAGCUCGGCCUGAGGAACCUCACGGAGAUACUGAAUGGAGGGGUGUACGUUGGCCAGAACAAAUUCCUCUGCUUCGCUGACACCAUCCAUUGGCAAGACAUCGUGCGGAACCCCUGGGCCUCCAACUUCACUCUGGUUCCAACAAACGGCAGCUCAGGAUGUGGUCGUUGCCACAAGUCGUGCACAGGCCGGUGCUGGGGACCCACCGAGAAUCACUGCCAGACCUUGACCAAGACCGUGUGUGCAGAGCAGUGCGACGGGCGCUGCUACGGGCCCUACGUCAGCGACUGCUGCCACCGCGAGUGCGCCGGCGGCUGCUCCGGACCCAAGGACACCGACUGCUUCGCGUGCAUGAAUUUCAACGACAGCGGUGCCUGUGUGACGCAGUGCCCCCAGACCUUCGUGUACAACCCCACCACCUUCCAGCUGGAGCACAACCACAACGCCAAGUACACCUACGGCGCCUUCUGCGUCAAGAAGUGCCCUCACAACUUUGUGGUAGACUCCAGCUCUUGUGUGCGGGCGUGCCCGAGCUCCAAGAUGGAGGUGGAAGAAAAUGGCAUUAAGAUGUGCAAGCCCUGCACUGACAUUUGUCCUAAAGCGUGUGAUGGCAUUGGGACGGGGAGUUUGGUGUCAGCUCAGACGGUGGACUCCAGCAACAUUGACAAGUUUGUAAACUGUACCAAGAUCAAUGGCAACCUCAUCUUCCUCGUCACUGGCAUUCAUGGAGACCCGUAUCACACCAUCGCUGCCAUCAAUCCAGAGAAAUUGAACAUCUUCCAAACAGUGAGAGAGAUAACAGGGUAUUUGAACAUCCAGUCGUGGCCUGAGAACAUGACAGACUUCAGGGUGUUCUCUAACCUGGUCACCAUCGGUGGGAGAGCUCUCUACAGUGGCCUUUCCUUGCUCAUCCUGAAGCAGCAAGGCAUCACCUCGCUGCAGUUCCAGUCCCUGAAGCAGAUCAGCGCCGGCAACAUCUACAUCACGGACAACAGCAACCUGUGCUACUACCACACGGUGAACUGGAGCAGCCUCUUCAGCACGCCCAGCCAGAAAACCGUGAUCCACCGCAACAAACGGGCAGAGAACUGCACUGCCGAUGGGAUGGUGUGCAACGAGCUGUGCUCCAGCGACGGCUGCUGGGGGCCAGGCCCAGACCAGUGCCUGUCCUGCAAGCGCUUCAUCAGGGGCAGGACCUGCAUCGACUCCUGCAACCUCUACGAUGGGGAAUUCCGAGAGUUUGCCAACGGCUCUGUGUGCGUGGAGUGUGACCCGCAGUGUGAGAAGAUGGAGGAGAACAUGAUCACCUGCUACGGCCCGGGACCUGACCACUGCACAAAGUGUUUCCACUUCAAGGACGGUCCCAACUGCGUGGAGAAGUGUCCUGAUGGCCUGCAGGGAGCCAACAGCUUCAUUUUCAAGUACGCCGACGAGGACCGGGAGUGCCACCCGUGUCACCCCAACUGCACGCAGGGGUGUAGAGGCCCCGCUAGCCAGGACUGCAUUUUCUAUCCCUGGACACGGCAGUCCUCGCUGCCACAGCACGCUAGAACACCCCUGAUUGCUGCGGGAGUUAUUGGCGGCCUCUUCAUCAUCGUCAUCAUGGGCCUGACGUUUGCGGUGUACGUGCGGCGCAAAAGCAUCAAGAAGAAGAGAGCGCUGCGGCGGUUCCUGGAGACAGAGCUGGUGGAACCAUUGACCCCGAGUGGCACAGCACCCAACCAAGCACAGCUCCGCAUCCUGAAGGAGACAGAGCUGAAGAGAGUCAAGGUCCUGGGCUCUGGAGCCUUUGGCACCGUGUACAAGGGGAUCUGGGUGCCUGAGGGAGAAACAGUGAAGAUUCCUGUGGCCAUCAAGAUCCUGAACGAGACCACUGGUCCAAAAGCCAACGUGGAGUUCAUGGAUGAAGCCCUGAUCAUGGCCAGCAUGGACCACCCGCACCUGGUGAGGCUGCUGGGGGUGUGCCUGAGCCCCACCAUCCAGCUGGUGACACAGCUCAUGCCCCACGGCUGCCUCCUGGAUUACGUCCAUGAGCACAAGGACAACAUCGGCUCCCAGCUCCUGCUCAACUGGUGUGUCCAGAUAGCCAAGGGAAUGAUGUACCUGGAAGAGAGGAGACUCGUGCACCGCGACUUGGCAGCCCGUAACGUGCUGGUGAAAUCACCAAACCACGUGAAAAUCACUGACUUUGGCUUGGCCAGGCUCCUGGAAGGGGAUGAGAAGGAGUACAAUGCUGAUGGGGGAAAGAUGCCAAUUAAGUGGAUGGCUCUGGAGUGCAUACACUACAGGAAAUUCACCCAUCAGAGUGAUGUGUGGAGCUAUGGAGUGACCAUCUGGGAGCUGAUGACCUUUGGGGGGAAGCCGUACGACGGGAUCCCGACGCGCGAGAUCCCCGACCUGCUGGAGAAGGGGGAGCGCCUGCCCCAGCCCCCCAUCUGCACCAUCGACGUCUAUAUGGUGAUGGUGAAGUGCUGGAUGAUUGACGCUGACAGUCGGCCAAAAUUCAAGGAGCUGGCUGCUGAGUUCUCCAGGAUGGCUCGGGACCCUCAGAGAUACCUGGUAAUUCAGGGAGACGAUCGUAUGAAGCUCCCAAGCCCAAAUGACAGCAAGUUCUUCCAAAAUCUCCUUGAUGAAGAAGACCUGGAAGAUAUGAUGGAUGCUGAAGAGUAUCUUGUUCCUCAAGCCUUCAACAUUCCUCCUCCCAUCUACACCUCCAGGACAAGAAUUGAUUCCAACAGGAACCAGUUUGUGUACCGGGACGGCGGCUACGCCGCGGAAGUGCCGAUGCCCUACAGGGCCCCGGGCUGCGUCAUUCCCGAAGCCCCGGCUGCCCAAGGGGCCGCGGCAGAGAUCUUUGAAGACGCUUGCUGCAAUGGCACGAUGAAGAAACAGGUGGCAGCCCUGGCAAAGGAGGACAGCAGCACCCAGAGGUACAGCGCCGACCCCACCAUCUUCAUUCCCGAGCGGGCCGUGCGCGGAGAGCUGGAUGAGGACGGGUACAUGACACCGAUGCGAGACAAACCCAAAACAGAUUACCUGAACCCCGUGGAAGAGAACCCAUUUGUGUCCCGCCGGAAGAACGGAGAUCUGCAAGCUGUGGACAACCCGGAGUAUCACAGCGCUCCCAACGGGCAGCCCAAGGCAGAGGACGAGUACGUGAACGAGCCCCUGUACCUCAACACCUUUGCCAAUACCUUGGAAAACGCCGAGUACCUGAAGAACAACCUGCCGGAGAAAGCCAAGAAGGCCUUUGACAACCCAGACUACUGGAACCACAGCCUGCCCCCCCGGAGCACCCUCCAGCACCCGGACUACCUGCAAGAGUACAGCACAAAGUACUUUUACAAACAGAACGGACGGAUCCGGCCCAUAGUGGCAGAGAAUCCUGAAUACCUCUCCGAGUUCUCCCUGAAGCCUGGCACUGUGCUGCCCCCGCCGCCCUACAGACACCGGAACACCGUGGUGUAGUGG